UCCUCACGUAUAAAGUAGUCUGUAUUUCAAAUGAUAAUUAGAAAAACUCAGGAUAGCUAGUAUUUAAUUCACAAGAAACAAUAUCUAAGUACUAGGAAUUGACAUUUGUUUGCUCGAAAAGUCUGUUUACCGUUUGUUAUUGUUUUUUCUUCGUAUAUCAUAAAUGAAAAUCCGUUUGAACGAUACUACCAUCUUUGUUCACACCCAACAUGCUGGGCCAACUGCUGUUUUUGACAGUGCCGGCUCUUUGGACGGUCAUAUGGAUAUAUAAGUAUUCACAACAGCAUUCGUUGACCUGGAUCACUAGGGCUUUUGUAUUUCUAGGUCUUUACGUACCUUUUCUAGUCGUGCUACUAAUUCCUUUCGAUAUCGUAUGGGAGGUCAGCAUUUUCAAAUGGCGAAUUUUAUAUUGGACUACUUUCAUAGCGACUUGGUUCAUACUUCCAUUUAUCCAAGAGUAUAUUGAAAGUCAAUUUCCAACUGCAGAAAAGAGAUUAAAGGAUUCUUUGUACAAGAAUUUGCGCUAUUACGGACUUUUGACAAUUCUGUCAUUGUUCGUUGUUGCUUAUCUACGCUUCACUCUUCGUACAAUGUCUUUUGCUAACUUCAAGGAAUUGAUUAUUUCUUUAACUUAUUUUUGGGGUCUCAUCUUUGUGAUCUUUCUCCUUGGUAAUGGACUCGUUUUCGUUCCUCGUAAUAUGUGGAGGAAAGCCUUCUUACAUAAACGAGCUCGUCUUUUAGAGAGAAAAGCAGUCAACAUCUAUUCAAAAUUACAAGAACGUCUAGAUGAAUUUUCUGCCUAUUCUAGCUCUAGCACGAUGAACAUGGAUCGAUCCUAUAACCUUGAUGUUCGGACUUCCUAUGCCACCGAGAGCGAUUUUACAACCUCUGCUGUAUCGCAGGCCAUGUCUCACGUUUUUCCUUUGCAAGUUACUUGGACACAGAUGGUAAAAGAGUAUAAUCUAAUAAACUCCAUACAAACCGCCAAAGCUUCAUCCUCCUACCGACUAUACUUGCCCGACUCGUAUAUUCAAAUGCAUCCUGUUCUCGCUUACACUCUUUACGUAUGGGUUAUUCCGGUCCUUCGAAUCAUUACAGCUUGCUUCCUUGCUUUUUUAAGCUUUGUCAUCGUUGUCUCUGAACUGUUUUUACACUCAAAACAUUCUCUUGUUGGCAUAUUUUUAAACCGUAUUAAAGAUUCAGCUUCUUUUUGUGCGUUUGCUUCUUUCGUUAUUAUUAACUACAUGAGAUAUUGCACUUAUAAAUCCGUAAUUAACACUCAGUUUGCCUCUUAUCAUCGAUACGCCAUCGUUCCUUCUCGUGCUACCGGUCCAGCUUCAUUACUUUGUUUUGCUUCCCAACUCUGCCGAUUAACUUUACCUUUAUGUUACAAUUUUACGUCCUUACAGUUCUUUCCUACGCAGUUUCACAAGUUCUAUGGAGAAAGUAUAGAUCUUUUACCUCUUGGUAACUUGAUUAGCAAACGCUACCCCGUAUGUAUUCUUAUACCUGUUUUGUUUUCAUUGUUUUCUAUGAAAUAUUGGCUUCGACACUUUAUUUAUUCUUAUGGACUUCAAAGGUCUCCAGUGAUUGAUACGCUAGAACCAGAAUCUUCAGACACUGAAGAUAACUUUCUCGACGAAACGUCCCCAUCUUACUUGGCUGAAGGUCGUGCUCUUCUAUUGAGCGCAAACUAUCCAUCUGUCUAAAAAAAUAUAUGAUCUCUCAUGUUUGGGCUUUAGUUGGGUAUGAUUGCAUGACUAUGAUAUUUAAAAGCAUCCUUUUCACUUUUACUUCCUUUCUUACCGUAACGAUAAAUAUUUAUGAAAAGCUUAUAAAUGCAUUGAUUUUUAAUGUAAAACUUUUUGUUGGGAAUAAAGUUGCACCAAAAAGUUUUCAUGUAUUAUUUUAUCCUAGAUACAAAAAAAUGAGACGUAAAAGAGUGCAAGUAUACAAACUAUUGAGAAUGUAUAGUCGUUAGUAGCGAGCGAUUGGAAACCCGGAGCGUAU